GCUGAAGAAAAAGGAAAAGAAAAGCAGAGCAAAGCAAAGCCAAAACUCAGUAACGCGCUACCCCGAAUCACUUCCUUGUUAUAUCAUUUUAUUUGUUUCAAUUCUGUUUUGUCAUUUCCUUGCAUGUAGAUGCUCCUUGUUACUCCCCCAACUCAGUAACGCGCUACCCCGAAUCACUUCCACUACUGUUUUUUCGACUUCUCUCAUGUCUAAUAAAACCACCGAGACUCCCGCCGCCGAUGAUUUCCUCGAGCAAAUCCUGGGACUCUCCAACUUCGCGCCGCCUGGAACGGGCUUAGCUGGAUCCGACGGUGGAUUGGCUGGAACCGGUCCAGGGGCUGGAGCUCCAAUGUUUUUGCAGCUCAGCUCCGGUGAUGGCGCCGGACAUAUCGGCGGUAGUGGAGGUGGUGCGUUUCACGGACAGGUUUUUCCGUUGGGUUUGAGCUUGGAGCAAGGUAAAGGCGGGUUUUUGAAGCCCGAGGACGCUUCCGGUAGCGGCAAGCGGUUUCGCAACGGCAUCGUUGAUGACAGAGCUUCUUCUGUAAAAAGUGUUUUCCCUGGCCAACCUAUGCAAGCAACUGUUGCUGCAGCACCUCAUCCACCAGCAAUGUGUCCAAGGGUGCGGGCUAGACGAGGACAAGCCACAGAUCCUCACAGCAUUGCUGAACGGUUGCGUAGGGAGAGAAUUACUGAAAGAAUCAGGGCAUUACAGGAACUUGUUCCUAGUGUUAACAAGACUGAUAGAGCAGUCAUGCUUGAUGAAAUCGUAGAUUAUGUGAAGUUCCUGCGACUCCAAGUUAAGGUUUUGAGCAUGAGUAGGUUGGGUGGAGCUGGUGCUGUGGCACCGCUUGUAACGGACAUCCCGAUAUCUUCGGUAGAGUACGAAAGCGGUGAGGGUGGGAGAAGCCAACCAGCAUGGGAGAAGUGGUCAAACGACGGCACAGAGCAACAAGUUGCCAAGCUCAUGGAAGAAAACGUUGGAGCCGCCAUGCAAUUCCUCCAAUCAAAAUCUCUUUUCAUUAUGCCCAUCUCACUCGCCACCGCAAUCUACCACACCCAACUACAAGAUACCUCCUGUGUUGUCAAGCCGGAAACAAAUCCGCCUUCAUAGACCGUCCUUAAUCAAACCCUUUAUUUGUCGUAUUCUAACAGCCCCCCAACGACGACAAAUAACUUGUUUUGCUGGCUUUUUAAAAUGCAAUCAAAGUCAGAUGCCACAGCAGUAGCUUUUUUUUUUUUU